ACCUGCCGGAGAGGAGAUGGCGGCGGCGGCGGCCGCGGUUGCGGCCGCUCGAUCGCUGCUGUUGCCCGCGGCGCGGCGGCGGCUUUGGGGUUUCACCGAGAGGCUUCUGGUCGGAGGCAGUGCUGGGCGCUCAUUAUAUCUUGGAGGGAACAGAUUGAGAAGUACACAGGCUGCUACACAAGUUGUUCUGAAUGUUCCUGAAACACGAGUAACCCGUUUGGAGAACGGACUCAGAGUGGCCUCUGAAGACUCUGGGCUCUCAACGUGCACAGUUGGGCUCUGGAUUGAUGCUGGAAGUCGAUAUGAAAAUGAGAAGAAUAAUGGAACAGCUCACUUUCUGGAGCAUAUGGCUUUCAAGGGCACCAAAAAGAGAUCCCAAUUAGAUCUGGAACUUGAGAUUGAAAACAUGGGUGCUCAUCUCAAUGCCUAUACCUCCAGAGAGCAGACUGUAUAUUAUGCCAAAGCAUUCUCUAAAGAUUUGCCAAGAGCUGUAGAAAUUCUUGCUGAUAUAAUACAGAACAGCACAUUGGGAGAAGCAGAGAUUGAACGUGAACGUGGAGUGAUCCUUAGAGAGAUGCAGGAAGUUGAAACCAAUUUACAAGAAGUUGUUUUUGAUUAUCUUCAUGCCACAGCUUAUCAAAAUACUGCACUGGGACGGACAAUUUUGGGACCAACUGAAAAUAUCAAAUCUAUAAAUCGCAAGGACUUAGUGGAUUAUAUAACCACACAUUAUAAGGGGCCAAGAAUAGUACUUGCUGCUGCAGGAGGAGUUUCCCAUGAUGAACUGCUUGAGUUAGCAAAGUUUCAUUUUGGUGACUCUUUGUCCACACACCAAGGAGAAAUACCAGCUCUGCCUCCCUGCAAGUUCACAGGAAGUGAGAUUCGAGUGAGAGAUGACAAGAUGCCUUUGGCACACCUUGCAAUAGCUGUUGAAGCUGUUGGUUGGGCCCAUCCAGAUACAAUCUGUCUCAUGGUUGCAAACACACUGAUUGGCAACUGGGAUCGCUCUUUUGGAGGAGGAAUGAAUUUAUCCAGCAAGCUGGCCCAGCUCACCUGUCAUGGCAACCUCUGCCAUAGCUUCCAGUCUUUCAACACUUCCUACACAGAUACAGGAUUAUGGGGAAUCUAUAUGGUUUGUGAACCAGCCACUGUAGCAGACAUGCUGUUUGUUGUUCAGAAAGAAUGGAUGCGACUGUGUACCAGUGUCACUGAAAGUGAAGUUGCACGAGCCAAAAAUCUUCUGAAAACAAACAUGUUGCUGCAGCUUGAUGGUUCCACCCCCAUCUGCGAAGAUAUUGGUAGGCAGAUGUUAUGCUAUAAUAGAAGAAUUCCCAUCCCUGAGCUUGAAGCAAGAAUUGAUGCUAUAAAUGCUGAGACAAUUCGAGAAGUGUGUACCAAAUAUAUUUAUGAUAAGAGUCCAGCUGUUGCUGCUGUUGGUCCCAUUGAGCAGCUACCAGAUUUUAACCAGAUUCGCAGUAACAUGUGCUGGCUUCGUGAUUAAAAUGCUUCUAAUAAAAAUAUUUUGAACACA